CUCACCACAAGGAAUCGAACAUUUGUGAGGGCCACGCAGCAGCAUGGUCAGCCGUGUGGAGCAUCCGGCAGCUGGCUACAAGAAACUCUUUGAGACCGUGGAGGAGCUGAAUGAGCCGAUUCCGGCUAAAAUCACCGGUAAUUUACCAGCAUGGCUUGGCGGCAGUCUCCUCAGGGUGGGACCCGGUCUCUUUGAGAUCGGGGACCAACCUUUCCACCACCUCUUUGACGGACAGGCGAUCAUGCACAAAUUUGACCUGAAAGAUGGUCAGGUGACUUACUUCAGGAAGUUCAUCAAAACAGACGCAUAUGUCCGUGCCAUGACGGAGAACAGGGUGGUCAUCACCGAGUUUGGCACAGCAGCAUACCCUGACCCCUGCAAAAACAUCUUCUCCAGAUUCUUCACUUACUUUAAGGGGAUCGAAGUGACUGAUAACUGCAUGGUGAACAUUUAUCCAGUUGGCGAAGACUUCUACGCUGUUACAGAAACCAACUACAUUACAAAGGUGGAUCCCGACUCACUGGAAACGUUAAAGAAGGUGGACCUGUGUAAGUACCUGUCUGUGAACGGGGUGACAGCCCACCCCCACAUCGAGGCGGAUGGGACAGUGUACAAUAUUGGUAACUGCUUUGGAAAGAACAUGAGUCUGGCUUACAACAUUGUCAGGAUCCCACCUGCUCAGAGAGACAAGUCGGACCCCUUGGAGAAAUCCCAGGUCAUCGUUCAGCUCCCAAGCAGUGAGAGAUUAAAACCCUCCUACAUACACAGUUUCGGUUUGACGGACAACUAUUUUGUCUUCGUGGAGCAGCCGGUAAAAAUCAACCUGCUCAAGUUCCUGUCGGCUUGGAGUGUCAGAGGUGCGACAUACAUGGACUGCUUCGAAUCUAACGAGACCAUGGGGACAUGGUUCCACCUGGUCACCAAGGAGCCGGCAGCACACCUGAGCGGCCACAAGUUCCGAACGUCAGCUUUCAACCUCUUCCAUCAUAUUAAUGCCUAUGAAGACCAGGGAUUCAUUGUUGUCGAUCUCUGCGUGUGGAAAGGUUUUGACUUUGUGUACAACUACCUGUACCUGGCCAACAUGAGGAACGAGUGGGAGGAGGUUAAGAAAGCUGCCCUGAAAGCCCCUCAGCCUGAGGUCAGGCGAUACGUGUUGCCUCUGGAUAUAGACAACGAGGACCAAGGAAAGAACAUGGUCUCUCUGUCCUACACGACUGCAACUGCUGUUCUUCAUAGCGACGGAACUAUCUGGUUGGAACCUGAAGUCAUCUUGUCACAACCAAGACAAGCAUUUGAGUUUCCCCAGAUUAAUUAUUCCCACUGCCGGGGGAAGAAAUAUUCCUUCACUUACGGCCUGGGACUCAACCACUUCAUCCCUGACAAGAUCGUCAAAUUAAACGUGCAGACCAAAGAGACGUGGGUGUGGCAGGAGGAUGAAUGUUACCCGUCUGAGCCUCUGUUUGUACCAACACCAGGAGCUGCACAGGAGGAUGACGGUGUGCUGCUGAGUAUUGUAGUGAAGCCAGGAGCAGAAAGACCAGGCUUCCUGCUGGUGUUGGAUGCCAGAAGACUGACGGAGCUGGCCCGGGCGGAGGUGGACGCCAUCUUCCCAGUGACCUUACACGGCUUCUACAAGCCGUGAUGCUCAAGUCCUUCCCAAAUAUGUGACGCGCAUGUCAAUAUUCAAUAGUCAUCGUGUCUGCUAUUCCAUUUUUAGAUUAGAAAUGAGCUCAAAAUGUACACAGUAGAGCCUCACUUUUUUUAAUUAUAAUCAUUGGCGUCGUUAGGCCUAUUUUUUAGGCCCCCUAAAUAAUUUGGUGUGAUUUUUUUUUUUUUUUUUUUUUUUUUACAAAAAAAUGCAGAGACAUUUAAUAUAAAUAUGCAGGAAUAUGAGUUUAAAUGAAUAAUAAUAUGGAUAAGCUGUCAUUAUUAAUUAUGAUACCAAUAUUUUGGUACCGGUACCAAAAUUAUUUCGAUACUUUUCCAUACUUUUCUAAAUUAUUGUCUAUUGUGAGCGAACUGUGGUGCUGAAUUUCCCCCAGGGAUCAAUAAAGUACAUUCUAUUCUAUUCUAUUCUAAAUAAAGGGGACCACAAAAAAUUGCAUUAUUGGCUUUAUUUUAACAAAAAAUCUUAGGGUACAUUAAACAUAUGUUUAUUAUUGCAAGUUUGUAUUGAAAUAAAAUAGUGAACAUACAAGCCAACUUGUCUUUUAGUAGUAAGUAAACAAACAGAGGCUCCUAAUUAGUCUGCUGACAUAUGCAGUAACAUAUUGUGUCAUUUAUCUACCUAUUAUUUUGUCAACAUUAUUAAGGACAAGCGGUAGAAAAUUGAUUAUUAAUCUACUUGUUCAUUUACUGUUAAUAUCUGCUUACUUUCUCUUUUAACAUGUUCUAGCUACACUUCUGUUAAAAUGUAAUAAUCACUUAUUCUUCUCUACUUUGAUACUUUACAUUAGUUUUGGAUGAUACCACAAAUUUGGGUAUCGAUCCGAUACCAAGUAGUUACAGGAUCAUACAUUGGUCAUAUUCAAAGUCCUCAUGUGUCCAGGGACAUAUUUCCUGACUUUAUAAACAUAAUAUAAAUAAGACAAUAAAGAACGAAAGAAGAUGUUAAAAAUAUCGAUGUAAUCAUAGUAGUAUCGACUAGAUGCGCUACCGUACUUGGUAUCAUUACAAGAUCUUGCAAGUGCUUCUUCAGACCUUGUGACGCCCCUGAUUAUAAUGAAGAGCAAAAACACAUGUAUAACAGACAGAUGUAGAAAAUCGACCUAAAAAGGCAUACUAUUUUAAUACGUAAAUUCUAUAAUAUGCAUUAAAUGAAUAAGCUAUUAAAUGAAUUAUAAAUCCAUAACUAUAUAUUAAUAUACAAUUACAACAAUAUUGUACUUCAAAAAAGUUGCAGUUACACAACCUCACGGCUUGUCAUAGCAUCUUCCUCCUGGGAAAUAUUCCAUGGAUUGACUUGUGAGACAGCGCCCUCUGCUGGAUUCAGGGAGGUGUUACAGCUUUGCUUGUACUUUACUUGAACACUUUGUUGCACUAAAUUGAUCAGUUUGUUUAUAAUGCAACAUGUUCAGUUGUUUUUUUUGUCAUGUUCUCUAAUGUUCUCAAGAGUUGCCCUGUUCUUCUUCAUUCAGCCAUCGCUGCCAUCACACAAGACAUCCCAACAUCAACGCAAAACACAAGCCUACUAUCAAAAUGACUUUAAAAGUCUUAAAUAAGAGUUAUAAUGAAGGCAA